ACUUCUUUUUCCUAGUCAUAUAUCCUCACUAAACAAACCAGCUCUCUCUCUCUCUCUCUCUAGCUAUCUCUAUCUGAUGAGGUAAUCUUGUACGCAACUGCAUAGGGACCUUCUUCCAGCUUCUUGUUCCAAUUUCUUCCCUCACCACUACUUUUCAACUCAAUCGCUCUUUAUUCUCAGUAUCUGUGUCAGCUAAUUAUAUUAUUACCUAAUACAAUUAAGUUCCUGAAUUCUUCUGUAUAUGACCACUCAUAUAUGUAGGAUAUCUUAAGACUCUUUCAAUUCUCUCUAGACAUCCUGCGUAUUUGUGAAAAUGAAGGACCAGAAGGAACACAUUCGAAUCACAUAAACUCGAUCAAAUCAGUUGCAAUAGAGAUACCUCUUAGCCUUCAGCCUCCAUCGUAUCUGUAUAUGGACACUGCGUUCGAGCUUGAUGAAGGCUCUCGCGCCAAUUUUCUUAAACUCGUCAAGCAGUCUUUUAGCUGCUCUUACAUUUGCUUAUGGCGGUCUUAUAUUCCCAACUGUUUAUUGUUUUUUGAUGGUGUUUAUGAUGAAGAAAAUCAACCCGGUAGCUCUUCUUCUUCUGGACCUAGUCUAGCUCGGAGGCUUUUCGACGAGUAUCGGCUAUCAAUGUUCCCGAUUGUCCAAAAUGAAUGUGUUCCAGGAUUCGCUUUCAGAAAUGGUCUUGCCUACGUAGAGUUGCAAGAAAUGGAUCUCCUAAGACUGGCAUCAGUUCAAAUUCAGAAGCAAUUUUAUCAGGAAGCAAGAAUUAAGACUGCAGUUUUCAUGGGGUGCAAGAGUGGAGAGAUUGAGCUCGGCUUCUCCAAUGUGUCUCAAAUGAAUGUAAAGAAGGAACUGAUCAUGAGAAGCUGGAUGUUGCCAGAAGCUUUCUGUAGAUCACAAUUAUCUCCACGUACGGUAGAAGUAGUUAGUUCUAGAGCAAAUACUGAGCAGCAAAACCAACUUUCAUCAUCUUCCUCAUCUUUGAGAUCGCACUCAACCAUGGAUAGCCCCGAAUAUUCAUCCCUCCUCUUCAACACUCUCCAAACGUCUACCGCACCUACUUCUCUCAAUAUCCCAGCUGAUCAAGUCUAUAAUACUACAAACUUUACUUCAUCAUUGCAACCAAUUGUAUCACCAAAUACAAACAUAUUUAGCAGUACUAGUAGUAGUACUAAUCCUCAUCAACAGGCCAUGCAAGCAUUUUCUCGAAUUCGAGGGAACAUCCAAUUACCAGCUCCUGAGAUCGAAGAUGCUGAAAUUACAAGAGCAAUCCUUGCCGUCCUUACUACUCCUUCACCUUCUUCAUCUCCUUCUAUAUCUUCACACCAAUCAGUACCUCCAGCAUUGAAGGAUGAUCCGGCCCCUAGUCCUAGUCAUCUAAAGCCGAAACCCAGCAGUGCUUUCAAGAAUUAUAAUUAUAUCUCAUCGCCUUUGGCCCCAAGAACACAAACGAAAGGCGCUGCUAAUUUAGCAGUACGUAAGCAAACUAUGGUGAAGAGAUCGAUUUCCUUCUUGAGAAGCUUAAAUUUACUGAGAAUUCGCGAUCAGGGUAUGCAAGCUGCCACCCGCCCCACAACAAGUCAGUUGCAUCAUAUGAUAUCUGAGCGCAAAAGGCGUGAGAAACUCAACGAAAGCUUUCAUUCUUUGAAAUCUCUACUUCCUCCUGGAACCAAGAAAGACAAAGCAUCAGUGCUUACAACUGCAAGGGACUACUUAACUAGUUUAAAAGCUCAAGUUGAUGAGCUUAGCAAACGAAACCAGCAGUUAGAGGCAGCUGCAAGGCUCAUAGCAAAAGAAGAUCAAGAAGAAGAAGCAGCUGGCUCCUCAUCAACAGAAAGAGUUACUGUGAUGCUUACGCAUGUAUCUGGCUGGAGCACAGAUCCAGAUCAGCAAAUUAUUGCCUUGCAAGUGAUUGUGAGAUCAGGAGAAUGUUCGACCGAAGAUAUGGUAAUUAGAAUCUUGGAAUUCUUGAAGCAAGUUAAGAACUUGAGCGUGGUGUCCAUGGAAGCAAGUACUUGGAAAACAGAAUUACAUCCCAACAUCAACCGCGUGGUCUUGAGAUUAAGAGUUGAUGAUCAGGCGAACGAAUGGGACGAGUCUGCCUUCCAGGAAGCAGUGAGAAGGGUGGUUGCUGACUUGGCACAAAGAUAAUUGGAGCCACCGUUCGAAUUUUUCUUUUGGAAUUUUUGAGUAGUCAAGAUUUUGAUAUGUAGAUGCUUUCUUCUUUUGGCGACGGAUACUUCUAUUUUGAGUGUCAAAAUGGGGCCAUCUUCGCCAUCCGGCUGAUUAGUUUUCCAACUCAUAACCAAUUUCAUUCAAUUUUUUGCGACUCCUGUUUUUUGGCUUUCUCGUUUAAACCACAUCACGAUGUAGUCGAUGUCGUUGUUAUAAGUUGGUCUCCAUUA